GGGGCCUAAGCGCCCUUAAAUCCCGCCGUGCGUCUCGCGCGGGCUCGUCUCUGAGUACCUCGGCGGCGGAUGUUUGGGCUUUGCUGCUGCAGGUGUAAUGGACGUUAACUUCUCUUUACAAGAGGUGCUGAAGACCGCCCUCAUCCACGACGGCCUUGCACGUGGAAUCCGCGAAGCUACCAAAGCCUCAGACAAGUUGUUGACAAGAAGAAACAAGAAAUGGGUAGGCCUUUGUAAAAUUGACAGAGGGGAAACACCAUAAAGUGGUUGGUUACAGUUGUGUAGUAGUUCAGAAUCAUUGUUGACUCAUGGCUUCACUAGAAGAGAAAGUAAAUUGUGUUCUUUGGUUAAUUGAACUAAAAUCUACUGCUGCUGUCCAAAGAAGGUUUAGAACACAUUACAAUAAAGAAGCACCACACAGGAAUUCCAUAUCCAAGUGGAUGAAAAAAUAUAAAGAAACAGGUUCUGUCAAUGAUAAACCACGGUCUGGUAGGCCACGUGUUAGUGAAGAAACUGUAGCAUCUGUAGAAGAAACCUUUGAGGCAAGUCCAAGAAAGUCAUUAAGACAGGUAUCACUGGAGCUGAGGCUUCCAAGGUCUACUGUGCAGAAGAUUCUGCGGACAAGACUUCACACGAAAGCGUACAGAAUUCAAGUACAUCAAAUGUUAGAAGAGGAUUAUCAUGCACGACUAACUUUCUGCCAUCAGUUCAACGAAAAACUUAGCAAUGAUGACACAUUUUUGAGUAAUUUAAUGUUCUCUGGUGAAGCAACAUUCCACAUUAAUGGCAAAGUCAACAGGCAUAAUUGCCAUAUUUGGGGAACUGAAAAUCCACCUGAGUCUGUUGAACAUGGAAGAGAUUCUCCCAAAAUUAAUGUGUGGUGUGCUUUGGGAAAAAAUCGAGUCAUAGGGCCAUUCUUUUCUGAAGGGUGUGUUGUUAAUGGUGAUAGCUAUUUAGAAAUGCUACAGAAUUACUUCAUUCCUCAGCUUGAACAAUUAGGACUAAUAGAGAAUAUAGUGUUUCAACAAGAUCGUGCUCCUUGUCACUUUGCUUUGCAAGUUGGACAGUUUCUACAUGAGAAAUUCCCUAACAGAUGGAUUGGAAGCGGUGGACCAUUUUCUUGGCCUCCACAUUCUCCAGAUUUGACCCCAUUGGACUUCUUUUUAUGGAGACAUUUGAAAACUAAUGUUCAUUCAACCAAACCUCGAUCUUUAGAAGACUUGCAAGCUAGGAUAACUGAUGUGAUUGCUGGUAUUACUGAACAUCAGCUUGAAAAUGUUUUCCUGGAGCUACAGAAUCGUAUUACCCUUUGUAUUGGUAACGAUGGUAGAUGUGUUGAAAAUUAGCAAUAACAAUAAACAGUGUUUCUUCUUUUUAAUCCUUUUUUACAGAUUGUAUCACAUAACACUUAAAAAAGUUGCAACUUUUAAAUUGCACAUAAACUUUAUGGACACCUUGUAUAGAAGGGUGAAUGCCGGCAGAGAAGAGAAGUUGGAAGGAUAUAUAUCAAAAUGUUAACAGUUCUGGAAAGGUUUUCAUUAGCUUUUCUGUUCCUUUAAUCAGCAUGUAUUGCUUUCGUAGUGAGAAUUAAUUGAAGAAAUGAAAUAAUGGUAUAGUACAUUCUUGGAGUUAAUUUUGAGUGUCAUUAAUGUAAUAACUUUUUAACUUUGUUUUAUGAAUCAAAUGAAUUUAUUAUCUACUUGUCGAGUAAAAUCAUGUUCAUAUUAUGAAACAGAACUACUUAAAAAAACUGAAUUCAUACCUGGCCAGUAGAGGGCAGUAAGAAGCUAAUGCCAGGGAGGGACCUGUCAGUGAAAAAUAGGAAGAUUAGAUAGGUAAGAAGCACUAUAGUGGGUUUUCCAGAGUGCCAGGGACAUCAUAGCUCACAGCAACUUCAAACUCUUGGACUCAAGCAAUCCUCUUAUCUCAGCCUCCCGAGUAGCUGGGACUGAAAGCGCCUGCUGCAAGAAUACGAUAUUUUUUUUAGAAAUGGGAUCUCGCUCUUCCUCAGGCUGGGCUUGAACUGCUAAGCUCAGGCAAUCACCCGCCUCCUCCCAGAGUGCUAGGAUUACAGGCAUGAGCAACCAUACCCGGCCUUUGGAUUUAGUUUAAUAAAAGUUUCCAAUCAUAGUAAUACCUCAAAAUCUAAUUAGCCUUGCUUUUAGUCCAUUUCAAUUUUAAGCGCUUAAAUUUAAAGGACAUUGGAAUUUUUUUGUUUGAGACAGAGUCAUUGCUCUGUCACCCUGAGGUUGAGUGCAGUAGCAUCAUAGCUCACAGAAACCUCCAACUCUUGGGCUCAAGUGAUUCUCUUGCUUAAGCCUCCCAAGUAUGUACGACUAUAGGCACCCUUUGCAAUGCCCGGCUACUUUUAGAGACCAGCUCUGACUGGUGGACCUGUGAGUUCAGGGCAAUCCACCUGCCUGGGCCUCCCAGAGUACUAGGAUUACAGGCGUGAGACACCACACCCAGCCUGACAUUGGAAUUUUCUAGCUUGAAUAACUAUUUGUAAUUAGUGAUCAUUUUCAGUUGUUUAAUAGCAAUACCAAUUAGAAUAUGGAAACCACUAAUGCACGCAGGUUUUUCAUCUUCAAAGGUUGCUAAUUUUGUUUCAUUGUAAUAUAUAUGUAUGAAAUAAUCCAACUGUAAGUACUUAAAUAGUUCGUUCUCAGUAAAUGCCUGCAAUAAAUUAAUCGUGAAAGUCAA